CGGAAGGACCAAACAUCCAAUUUCACCGUCCAAACUCAAAACCUUCUUCUCUCUUCUUCUCCAGCCGAUCGCUUUCUUUCUCUCUCUCCGACUCUGCGAGACCCGAGCGAUCCGAUUUCACAUCAUGUUCCGCCGUGCCACUACUUUGCUGGGUCGCCCCCUUCUCAAUGCCAGGUCCCGCCGUUUCUCAACGGAUCUCCCCGCCACUCCCGCUGCUGAUUCCCAGUUCGUUGAAGCAUGGAAGAAGGUCGCUCCUAACAUGGAACCACCCAAGACUCCUCUUGCGUUCAUGACUCCUCGCCCUCCUACUCCCUCCUCGAUCCCAUCCAAGCUCACUGUCAAUUUCGUGCUUCCUUACUCUUCGGAAUUGUCCGCGAAAGAGGUUGACAUGGUCAUAGUACCAGCAACAACUGGACAAAUGGGUGUUCUUCCUGGACAUGUAGCUACAAUUGCAGAGUUGAAACCUGGGGUUCUUUCUGUGCAUGAAGGGAAUGACGUAACCAAGUACUUUGUGAGUAGCGGAUUUGCUUUCGUCCAUGCAAACUCUGUUGCUGACAUAAUAGCUGUUGAGGCAGUGCCAGUUGAUCAAAUUGACGGCAGCCUAGUCCAAAAGGGUCUCCAGGAAUUCACUCAGAAGCUGAGCUCUGCCACGACUGAUUUGGAGAAAGCCGAAGCUCAGAUUGGGAUUGAUGUCCAUAGUGCACUUAAUGCAGCCUUUUCAGGCUGAGUUCUGUGGGGUUUUUCUGCAGAAUAGGUUAUUCUCACCUCCGUCGUUUGUCCUUGAUUUUUUGUUUGUGUAUCAAGAAGUCGCUGAUGAACAUUUGAAUCUUGUAUUACCAUGUUGAAAGUGGAAUUUGGUGAAAAUAAUCUUUCAAUAGAUCCUAUCUAGCUCAAGGAAGUUGUGCAAGAGCUUGGAGCUUGAAGCUCGAAACGAAAGCUUAAUUUCCGUUCUUUACAAGGAAAUAAGAGACCCCUCUCAAAGAGGAUUUUGCUUUUUGUAAUUAGAGAUGGGUGAAGCUGCCCCUAAAAUUCCCCA